GAAUCUAUUGUAUCAAUGGUCUGCACUUCGUUAUCUCUGUUAUGUCUUUUCAUUUCGUUUGUUGUGUAUUGUACAUUUCGACCAUUAAGGAGCUUGCCGGGUAAAAACAACAUGAAUCUCAUAGUAACCCUUUUUCUGGCACAGUUGCUGUAUCUUGUCGGAGCAGGUCGAACUGAAAUAGUAGGCGUCUGUGAAGCUAUGGCAAUAUUUAUCCAUUACUUUUGGCUCGCAGCGUUCUGUGCGAUGAAUGUGUGUUCGUUUCAUAUGUUUCGUGUAUUCACGAGUAUGAGAUGCCGGGAUGAUGAAAGUGAUAUGAGAAGAAGAUUUUUACAGUACAGUAUUUAUAUUUAUGGAAUGCCGGCUGUGUUAGUGACUAUAACCUUAGUAACCUAUAUAGUGUCUACUGAUGGAUCAGAUAUUGGAUAUGGAGGAGCUAUCUGUUUUUUAGCAUCUGAUAUAGCUAUAGCUUUAGCAUUCGGUAUCCCGGUGGCUAUAACCAUUGUGUCGAAUUCGUUAUUCUUCAUUAUAACUGUACGCUCCAUUCGAAACUGUCCAAAAAUAGAAAAAAGCAAACAGGACGAGCAACAUGCCACUGUCUAUAUAAAGUUAUCAACACUUACUGGAAUAACAUGGACUCUUGGGUUCCUGGCAAUAAUUACAGGAAAUCAGGUUUUAUCUUAUUUAUUUAUACUGAUCAAUGCCAGUCAGGGUAUUUUUCUAUUCAUUUCAUUUGUAUGUAAUGAAAGAAUC